AUGGGCUUGCGUAUAAGCAGUGGCCGUGUCGAUAGUACAGGUGGUGCGUCCACUGCACAACUUAGUCCCCAUCACCGGCACCGCCAGUCUGGCUCCCCCUCUUCCGGUGCGCGUAACAGAAGUCUUUCUCGUAAUCGUCAGCAAGCAGUAUCCGACGAACCAGGACCAAGCUCUGGACGUCGUUUCCGCCGCAAUCAUGGCCACACACCCCACCACCUACCUUCCUUUGCCCUGUUCGAUCGUCUCGUAGCAGACAUUGAAGCAAAUGGUGGUGUGAUUUCACCGGAUGAUCCACGGAUUAUCCGGCUUUUACGAGCCUACCAUCCCUCCAGUUCAGAAAGCGGGGAGGGUGGGAACCGGGCUCGUCCAAUAUCUGUACUGGAGACAGAUGGAUUUUUCUCAGGCAUUAUGGAAGCACCGACAGGCAGGAGUCAUCGAAGCCGGAGGAGCGGUGGCCGACAUCGAGGCUCUGUGUCUGCCAGUCCUGCUACCACCGAGGAUGAGAGCUUGGAGGAGCGCCUCUCGGCUGUGCGGCGACAGGUGCUCUUGUCACUUGCCGCGGCUUCUUCAUCGUCUCCCCACAGAAGACGUCAAUGGCCAGAGAGUCUGCUUUUACUUAGUGGUAUUCGCGCAAGUACUCAUGCCCCCUGUGCACUCAAGCCCCGGCAACCCGUAGUUGUGUUGUCGAGGCCCCUGCCCGUUCAUGCCCUAGACCGGCGCACAGUGACGCCCUGCUCCGUGCUCCAUCGCGAGCGGGGCGUAACUCCCAAAUGUCCUAGAGGCCGCGACCGACCUUGCGUAUUUUGCAAGCGCGUUAUCCCACAUGAUGACUACGACCUUCACUAUGUGAUGUGUCUCACCCGACCCCGUGUAACUUAUAACGAGGAUACCCUUCAGUCAGACAAGGGGGAGUGUGCCAUUUGUUUAGAAGACAUGAAAGCUGGUGAUUUGAUUGCACGACUUCCCUGUCUUUAUUUACCACAAAAAGUAAGCUGA